ACUCUGAGAGAGAUCAGUCGCUCCAUCUGGACCAGAACUAUUUGAAAGCUCCUCGUUUCCAAUCUAACCUGGUGAUUAUAUUAGGCAUUUACAAGGCAUCAUAUUUUACAUUUAUAUAGGUGUGCAGAAAUACCGAGAUGGCAGUGACUAAUUUUCAUUACAUAACUCGCAUGAGCAGCGGAUUCAAAGUCUACAUUCUGGAAGGGCAGCCUAACAUGAGAACUGAAGAUCGGUACAGGCAUAUGACCAAUGAAAAGGCUAGAAUAUCACCAAUUUAUCCAAUGAAACGCAAGCAUAGCCCUGACCGCCUAUUCACGACCGGCGACAGGUGUGGGAAAUCCAGGAGACCGCCUCUCGCACUAACAUCGAGGCAGAGAGUGUUCCGGAACCUGGCCUGCAGCAUCCAGCGUUUGUCCAGCCUCAGCUCCACCGGGAGCCCGGACUCGCCCCCGACCCCGUCUUCUGCGGCCACCGGCAGCCCCUGGAGCCCAAACCCCAGCCCUGACAGGCCCCUGAGCCCCGCCCUCAGUCCCAUGUACAGCACCCCACCGAUGGACGAGCCUCUGGCACUCAUCAAAAAGCCCAGGAGGGACCAAGAUGGAGCAGACGCAAAGGCCCCAAGCAUGGCCUGCAGCCCAAUACAGGUCAGACCCUCAGUGAUCACCCGUGUUUCUUCCAUGGCCUGUCCUCCCCAGCAACCCCCCAGCAGGCCCCCUGCCCCUGUGGUGUCCCCAGCGGCCUACGACCACGUGGUUGAGGAGCAUUUCCGGCGAAGCCUGGGAGUAAAUUACCACAAGGCCAGCUCCUGCCAGCUGUCAGUCAGUGUGUCUGUGGACGACCACUUCGCCAAAGCCCUGGGCGAGAAGUGGUUUCAGCUCAAGGCUUCAUCUUCACCCUCCUCCUCUCCCUCUUCUUCCCCUGCCACCGCCUACCCCGGCUUCCGCCUCUCAUCCAGGACAUCCCAGAGCGCCGAUGACAGCGCCGGCACGCCGGAGAGCCCCUCCACUUCCUGUCACCCUUCCUCCUGGUCAGAUAAGGGGCAGACUCUCACCAACAAAUGACUGCAUUUCCCAAGAUGCAUUUCAAUAAAAAUGUGAUUAUUUGGACAGAGGCUAAGUGCGUGCAUGCUAACAGGACCAGGGCCCACUACUCAGAGUGUUAUAAAGGAAGUGUUCAAGUGAAUUAAAGUCAAAUGGAGUCAUACCUGCUGGAUUGAAAUAACUUCUAGGGCACAGUGUGGCACAUGGAGGAAAAGAAGGUUUCUGUCAGCAGCCUGUCCAGCACCCCUAUGUCCAAGAGCACCUCUUCACCCAACAGCAUCUCUUUCGGUGAUUGAGUGGCUAUGCUCACUGUUGGCUGGGUGACUGCUCUGAUUGGCUAGGUGACUGCAGAGGAACAGCAGCAGUGACUGCACAGAUCAGCUAGGUGACUGCUCUGAUCAGCUGGGUGACUGCUCCGAUUGGCUGGAUGACUGCUCUGAUUGGCUGGAUGACUGCUCUGAUUGGCUGGAUGACUGCUCUGAUUGGCUGGAAGACUGCUCUGAUUGGCUGGAUGACUGCUCUGAUUGGCUGGAUGACUGCUCUGAUCGGCUGGAUGACUGCUCUGAUUGGCUGAUCAAAAAUGAGUUAGUUUCACAUGCUUCGGAGAACAUUGCAACAAUGGGAGGCACCUGCAGUUAUAAUUUGGAUUAAACCAAAAUGUACAUUUCAGAGAAAAUAAAGAGAGGAUGACUAGAUCACUCUAGACUCAUUUAGCCCCAGUGUAGCAGUUAGGUCUGCAGUUUUAAUAAGACGUUUAACUGGAAAUAUAAUCAAAAUUAUCCGUCAAGCCUAAAUUAAAAUAUAUGGACAUUAAAAAAGACUUACGCUGACAAUAAAACCACCAUAAUUGAAUAAUAAUUCACUUGCAGAUUCAAAGUAGGUGUUUAUGUUUAUAUGCACAAGAGAAAUAUAGACAAAUAAUACUAGGGGAAGCUUAAUCUUACAGAUGGUCAAGGUAGUUAAGGUGGCCAUAUGAGGAUUAUGAAAAUGUGUGAUUGUUACAUGUAUUCGUCAUAUUAAAGUAAUGAUCCUCUCACUGUUAAUAUAAAAAAGUGUUAACCUUGUGUACCAUGCUGUCAUUGCCAGACCAACAUGACCUUCAGUUUUUAUGAGAGCUGGACUGGAACAAUCUGAAAUUCCCCACUGUUAUCUUGUCUGUUGUCGGGGGUUAGCUGCCUUUUUAAAUUGGAUGCAUUAACUCCACAAAAGUUGUUAUUUCUGUAAUUAUGAGAUGCAUGUUGUCAUGACAACACACAUUACAUUCUGCUGAAAAGGCAUUGUUGAUGCUACUCACAUCAUAAGCUGUCAAAAAUAUUUCAAAAUAAAGGUGAUAAUAUGUAA